AUACUGCUAGGAUUUUAUUCUGAUCUACCUGAUUCUAACAGAAUUCUAAAAUACACAGCUUCAGUUGUGGCUACUACAAGGAGGUUCCCUUCGGAUUCCGGUGCCUUUGUCGACUGGUCAGCGACGCCUUCCGCCGUCUCGGGCCGCGGCGACGACCUCUCUCUCGGCUUCAAUGCAACCUCCGCCGCCGCGCAGGGCGGCGCAUCCAUGUGGCCCGGGGCAUCGAGGUCAUUCAACCACAACCUUUCACCCCACCACGACAUCUUCGUGGUGGCUCCCGCGUCGUCGUUCCAUCACCACCACCACAGCGACGCUGUUUUGUCCGAUCCAAACAACAACAGUUCCAACGCAACUGCACUCGGCGUCAACGUCUUCCCUCUCCUCACCGCCACGCCAUGCCUCACUCCCGAGAGCGAGGGCAUAAUGGGAAACAUCAAUAACCACCGCAACAGAAUUCAACUAUGGCAACCGCAGGAAUCACCUCAGCACCAACACGCCGACGGCGUCUUGGCGGGUAACCACCGUAGCAGAAUUCAGUUAUGGCAAGAGCACGACGAGUCCCCCCCGCCGCAGCAGCAGCAACAACAACAUCCGAACGCGCACGUGCACGAGCGGGAGGGGAGUGGGAGCGGCGCGAGCACGUGCCAGGACUGUGGAAACCAGGCGAAAAAGGAUUGCAGUCACAGGAGGUGCAGGACGUGCUGCAAGAGUAGGGGUUUCGAUUGCGCCACGCACGUGAAGAGCACGUGGGUGCCCGCCGCGCGGCGGAGGGAGCGCCAGCUCAUGGCGGCGACGGCAGCGGUUGGGUCCAGUGGGUCCACUUCCGCCACCAAGAAACCUAAGCUCGUGCCUUCCCAGACCACAACCACUUCGCACACUUCCACGUCUAAUAACACCACCACUCCUCCUAGGAGUUUCGACACUGGUUCGAGCCACCAAGAUGUGAGUUUCAAGGAGUCACUACCUUGCCAAGUGCGUGCACCAGCAGAGUUCAAGUGUGUUCGUGUCACUGCAGUGGAUGAUGGAGAUGAUGAGUAUGCAUAUCAAGCUGUGGUGAAAAUAGGUGGCCAUGUGUUCAAAGGGUUUCUCUAUGAUCAAGGGGUUGAAGAUAAAAGUGAGUAUCCUAAUCUAUCUGAAUUGCAUCUGGGUGGUGGUGGAAGUGAUGGUGGGGGUAGAAAUGGGGUUUCUUCUUCAUCUCCAAUGGUGGAUCCUUCUUAUGUCUAUGCAGCUUCCCCUGGAGUGUUACUGGGAGGUUCAUCAAACUAUGGUAAUGCAAUAAAUUAAAGAAACAAACUUAGGUUCUGUAGUAUAAAUGUUUUUAGCGUUAUUUUUAAUCAGAAUUGAAGUUUUAUUUCAAUUUUAUUGUGUCAUGAAAUAUUAUCUGAAUGUCUUGGUAUGUUGUCGAAAUAAAACUUUAAUUCUGACGAUGAAACAAUGCUAGUAACACUUAUGGUAGGAUCUAAGUUUUGUUUUAAUUAAAUUAAAUAUUUUUUCCCAGUGCAACAUAGAGGAGCUAGGAAAGUCUAACUUUUAUUUUUCCAUAGUAAGUUAAUUCUCUUAUUUUACCAAUAUUGGGGUAUAACUAAUUAAUAUUAGUAUUCUCUUAAGUUUGUAUUUUAUAACAUAUAUCACUCUGCAUUUUUCAACUCCUCGGUUUUUGUUCCAUUAAGUGCAAUUUUCUCUCAUGGUUGACUCAUUGCAUGAGCAGAUCAGUGGAUUACAGAGGAGCCACAUCAUGUCAAGAGAAUAGUUUAUGUACUAAAUUAACUCAGAAUUGAAAACCAAAUCUAAAAGGAAUCUUGUUUUACCAAAUUCACUGUUCAAAUUCAAAACCUGAUUUAAUUACAACUAUUACUACUAUUAUGAGGUUGCAAUAAAUCUUUUAACCAAUUUCCAUGUCAUAGCUUGAAAUAAGAUGACACUGACAAAAGUAAUGAAUGUAUAUGUGUAAAUUCAAAUGAUAUUACACUACUGCCGUAUUGCAAUUUGCUUCUGCCCUAUAUU